CGGGUCCCGGCGCGCGGAGUCGUGUGGAGCGAGGCCGGGAGGGAGGCGGCCGGAGUCGGGCUCCCGGCGAGACGGAGAGGCCGACUGGAUCUCAUUCAGGACCGGGACUAGCGUUUGGGAGCAGGCGGCGUGACCCGGGGCUGGGUCCCUUGACCCGCACCCUGGCGGUGCGGGGCGCCCACGCUGGCAUUAAGUUUCCUCUGGAGAGGUGGCUGGCUUGGCAGGUGGGGCCCCAGCACCCCGGUCACCCCCCCCCCCCAAAAAAGCCUUUUUGCCCCUUUUGCUCUUGAUUUUACAACUUUGGCAUUUUGAAAACACCGACAACAGUUCAUCCAAAACCGGGAUUCCUAACUGGAAAGGAAACGAAGGCUGUUCACUUGCCGUCAUGUUUUUGGCCCAGAGGAGACUUUGCUCCCUUGAAAGUAGAGCAAAAUUCCUGAAGACAAUUUAUUCUUCAAAAAUCCUCGGACUCCCUACUUCUGCUAAAAUGUCUUUGAAAAUCACCAAUGCAAAACGAAUUGAAGGCCUUGAUAGUAAUGUGUGGAUUGAAUUUACCAAGUUGGCCGCAGACCCCUCUGUUGUGAAUCUUGGCCAAGGCCUUCCAGAUAUAUCCCCUCCUGUAUAUGUAAAGGAAGAAUUAUCAAAGAUCGCAGCAAUCGAUAGCCUGAACCAGUAUACACGAGGCUUUGGUCAUCCAUCGCUUGUGAAAGCUCUAUCCUGCUUAUAUGAAAAAAUUUAUCAAAAGCAAAUCAAUCCAAAUAAAGAAAUCCUUGUGACAGUAGGAGCAUAUGGAUCUCUUUUUAAUACCAUUCAAGGAUUAAUUGAUGAGGGAGAUGAAGUCAUAGUAAUAGUACCUUUCUAUGACUGCUAUGAGCCCAUGGUGAGAAUGGCUGGAGCAACACCUGUUUUUGUUCCCCUAAGACCUAAACCUGUCGAUGGGAAAAAAUGGUCUAGUUCUGACUGGACAUUGGAUCCUCAAGAACUGGCAAGUAAGUUUAACUCCAAAACCAAAGCGAUUAUACUGAAUACUCCACAUAACCCCAUUGGCAAGGUAUAUACCAAAGAAGAACUCCAAGUAAUUGCUGACCUUUGCAUCAAAUAUGACACACUCUGCAUCAGUGAUGAGGUUUAUGAAUGGCUUGUAUAUACUGGAAAUAAACAUGUAAAAAUAGCUACUUUUCCAGGUAUGUGGGAGAGAACAAUAACGAUAGGAAGUGCCGGAAAGACUUUCAGUGUAACUGGCUGGAAGCUUGGCUGGUCCAUUGGUCCUAAUCAUUUGAUAAAACAUUUACAGACAGUUCAACAAAACACUGUUUAUACUUGUGCUACACCUUUACAGGAAGCCUUGGCUCAAGCUUUUUGGAUUGACAUCAAGCGCAUGGAUGACCCAGAGUGUUACUUUAAUUCUUUGCCAAAAGAGUUAGAAGUAAAAAGAGAUCGGAUGAUACAUUUACUUGAAAGUCUUGGCCUAAAACCCAUAGUUCCUGAUGGGGGAUACUUCAUCAUUGCUGAUGUGUCUUUGCUAGAUGCAGACCUCUCUGAUAUGAAGGACAGCAAUGAACCUUAUGACUAUAAAUUUGUGAAAUGGAUGACUAAAAAUAAGAAACUGUCAGCCAUUCCAGUUUCCGCAUUCUGUAACACAGAGACCAAAUUACAGUUUGAGAAGUUUGUGCGAUUUUGCUUCAUUAAAAAAGACAGUACACUGGAUGCUGCUGAAGAAAUCAUUAAGGGAUGGAAUAGACAGAAGUCUUGAUACAUGCAGACUGUUUCUACUAGAUGACCGAAUAUGGAAUUAUUAUUUAGUGCUGCCAUCUGCUGGAUAUUGAAAAACAAAUAUUUCAGUACAAAUGAAAUUUGAAGAAAAUUUUCCAAAUGUUAACCCUACUGGGUUGUUUUGUUUGUUUUGUUUUUCAGUUGAAAUGUAUGAAAACACCUUCCAUAACCAUUUUAUGAGAAGGAGUAUAGCAUUUGGCUUAAGAAUUGUGAGAAGCUGGUUGGUGUUUAACCUCUCAUUGCUUCAGUUUCCUCAUCAUAAAAGGGGAAUAAAAUAUAGCACCUACUUUAGGAUGCCUGGCUGGCUCGGUUGGUAGAGCAUGCGACUCUUGAUCUUGGGGUCAUGAGUUUGAGCCCCACGUUGGGCAUGGAGCCUGUGCCAAAAAAACCCCAAAACAACAGCACUUAUUUUAGAUGAAGUUUGUGAGGAUAAAAUAGACUGAUAUAUGUAAAGCCUCAAUAAACACUCAACUAAUGUUA